AUGCUCGCGGACGCGCGGCCUGCGGGGAAGCUCCGGGCAGGCCGGUGGCCCCGCGCAACGAAUCAGCAGACAGAAAGCUGGGUCAGUAGGAUGUUGCAGGCAGUCAGUGAGCGCAACGGGGAAGCCUUUUCGGAGCUGAUCCGCCACUUGGAUUCCAUCAUUCCCGACGAGGAAAUUGCAAAUAUGCCGGAGACAGUGAUGACUGCCAUAGUGAACACCAAGCUGAAGGAGGCUUCUCUCCCGAAGGCUGCAGACACUGCGUUUAAGCGCCUGUUUUUUUCCUUUCUGAAGCUAAGGCAGUUGCGGUGCACAUUGAGGUGGGGAGAUGUAGUGCGGCAGUGCAUAUCUGUGCUAGAUCUGUACGUGGACUUGUACGUGGGGGCCCCCGCGGCCAGCUGCUCCUGGCUGGUGCCUGGGCUGGCUGCGCUGUGCACGAUAAUGAGCCGCGCGGCGUUUGCUGCGGACAGCAGCAGCGAGGACAGCGCAGAUCUGCUGGAAGAGGCUGAGGGGGCUGCAGACACCGACGAGAUGCAGCACCGAUACACAAAACAAAUUUUAAAUGCCAUUAGACCCAAGCUAGGAAAGGUCAGAGGGGAGGAGGCCAGACAUGGAGCCUACGUGGUGCUUCUUGGGCAGAGCAUCAAGCGCUGCUUGCAGCUAGGCAAUAUGCAGAUGGCCGCGGGCUUCCUCAAGCUCUGUGACUCACGACAAAUCAACUUCAGUCAUGCGCCUCGCGGCCCCAUGGUGAACUUCCGGUAUUAUUUAGGUCGGCUCUACAUGCAGCAAGAGCAAUUCGAGCAGUCCGAAUCAGAGUUGGUUUGGGCUUUUUCAAACUGUCCGCCCACAAAGAUGCGCGUAAGAAGAAAUAUUUUGGAAUGUCUCGUCGCGGCGCGGCUGCGCAUGGGGAAGCUGCCGAGCGCAGAGUUGCUCAAUAAAUAUCAGAUGCCUCAUUACUUGGACAUAAUUAAGGCGAUGAAAAGCGGCAAUCUGUCGCUGUUCGACCGAGCACUUGAGCAACACGAAAGCGUCUUUAUAAAACACGGCACAAUUUUGUGCGUGGAGCGGCUUAAGUUCAUUGUCUUCCGCACCCUGAUGAAACGCAUGAAGCAGUGGUGGUUGGAGUCUGGCUUGGCAUCCAAAGCCAACAUUGUCCCGAUUCAAGUUUUCACUGCAGCCAUAAAGUGGCAGAGUGACGAGCUUUUCGACGACGAUGAAAUGGCUUGCAUCAGCGCGAACCUGAUUAGAAUGGGAUACAUAAAAGGUUACAUCUCGUGGGAGCACAUGGUGAUCGUUUUCAGCAACCAAGAGCCCUUUCCGAGUCUCAAGACAUCUCGGGGGGCUUAG